UAUAUCCCACGCCAAUUUCAGUGAUCAUCGCAAUCAACUAAUAAGAAAAGCCUAAAUUUCUCUUUAUCUUCAACGUACUCUAAAGUUUUUUGCAAGAGAGGGAUACAAUGAGGAUGACAUACCCAAGUGUUAGCAAGGAAUAUCAGGAAGCAGUAGAGAAAUGUAAGAGGAAACUUAGAGCUCUCAUCCAAGAGAAGCAGUGUGCUCCAAUUAUUCUUCGCUUAGCAUGGCACUCAGCUGGGACAUUUGACGUAAACUCGAAAACCGGCGGCCCGUUUGGGACGAUAAAGAACCCACAGGAGCUGGCUCAUUCUGCAAAUAAUGGUCUGGAUAUCGCUGUUAGACUGCUGCAGCCAAUCAAAGACCAGUUUCCACUACUAAGCUAUGCUGACUUCUACCAGUUGGCUGGAGUAGUUGCAGUUGAGGUUACAGGAGGGCCUGAGAUACCAUUUCACCCUGGGAGACAUGACAAAACUGAAUCACCACCGGAAGGCCGCUUUGUUGUUUCAACACGCUUGCCUGAUGCCGAGAAAGGAUCUGACCAUUUGCGAGAAGUAUUUUACCGAAUGGGUUUAUCUGAUAAGGAUAUUGUAGCACUAUCUGGUGGUCACACCUUGGGAAGGUGUCAUAAGGAGAGGUCUGGCCAUGAAGGAUCUUGGACCAAUAAUCCUUUGGUGUUUGACAACUCCUAUUUCAAGGAGCUUCUUAGUGGAGAAAAGGAAGGUCUUAUCCAACUGCCAUUGUAG